AUGGCAUCCAAUGUAAGAUGCUUUUUCUUGCUCUUAGCCUUAGCCUUAGCCUUUUGUCUCGAAACUCAUGCUAGAGAUAGCAAGUUCUUUAGCAAAGUAAGCAAAGAAAACAAAGAAUCAAUUAGUAUUGCUCCUAUACAGUCACCAACACAAACUCCUUCUCCGUCGCCCGAACCUGAUGUUGUCGAACAUGGGUACGGGCUUUACGGUCAGGAGACGACUUAUCAAUACCCUCCAACCACCACAAACCCAACAAAAAGUGAUAAUUUUGGUCAAGAGAAGUUUGUUUCUAGUGAAGAGUUGAGCAAGAACAACUUUAAGGAAUUUGGAAUGGGUUAUUCCAAUGACAACUUUAAUGAGAAUGGGAAUGAGAAGAAAGGAAUGAGAGAUACUAGAUUUUUGGAAAAUGGGAGGUAUUAUUAUGAUGUUAAUCAAGAUGUUAAGGAAGAAAGUAGCUUAUUGAAUGAGAAUAAGAAUGAGUAUGUGACUGAAAGGCAAGGAAUGAGUGAUACUAGAUUUUUGGAGAAUGGGAAGUAUUUUCAUGAUAUUAGUCAAGAGGGUAGAAAUGCUCAUUUCAUCACUAACAACUAUGAAAGUGAGAAUGAGAAUGAGAAUGAGAACGAGAACGAGAACCAACACGAAGAGUUUGAGGAAAAAUAUGGCCAUUUCAACAAUAACAACUUCGAGAAUGUAAAUCACAAUGAAAACGAGAAAUUUAAUGCGGAGAAGCAAGGGAUGAGCGAUACAAGGUUUUUGGAGAAUGGGAAGUACUUCUAUGAUGCCAAGAAUGAUCAUGGAGUUGGAGAUGAUGUAGGUUUCCACAACAAUAAUAAUGUUGAGUUUGCCAAUACUUUCUCUAGGAAUGGGAAUGAGUAUGAGAAUGGUAACUAUGAGUAUGAAACACAAGGAAGAGAGGGUAAUAAUUAUUAUCAUGGUAAUGAGUAUAAUGUGAAAGAAGGAAUACGGGGUUAUAAACCCAAGAAGUUUCCUAAUGAGUAUGAUACUAUGGAAGAAUAUGAUAGGGAACAAGGGUACAUUAAUGGUCAUGAAGGUGAAUAUGUACCAUGA